AUGUUGGUUGAAGGUGGUGGCUAUGGCGGUGGGGUUGGAGGCAGAGAUGGGAUGUCUGUAGGUGGGAUGACAAUAGGUGGGAAGAUAAUGGGUGGGAUUUGGAUAGGUGGGAAUGCUAUGGGUGGGAUGUCGAUUGGUGGUAAUACUAGAGGUGGAAGUUGUAUAGUUGGGAAGACUAUAGGUGGUAUUUGUAUAGUUCCGAUAAGUGGAAUUGUUAUGGGUGAAAAGACAAGAGUUGGAAUUGUUAUGGCUGGAAAGACGAGAGGUGGAAGUAGUAUGGGUGGGAUGUCGAUGGCUGGAAGUUGUAUGGGUGAGAUGUUCAGAGGUGGAAGUAGAAUAGGUGGUGAUGGGAUUACAGGCGGCGUACUCGCUGCUAAUGUGAUGUCCAUGGCUGAAAAGGAAAUAGCAAUCAUUAAAGCAAACAUGGUGCAACGAUGA